AGAAGGUACUUCUCCCAUUAGUCCAGUAAUCCGCUGUUUCUGUUUUCUUUAUCCCCCCCCCCACUCGUCCACGCAAUGCUCUGCCGCCUCAACCUCAACCGCAUGCUUGUCUCGCCGGCAACGACGUCGUCACGAGCGGCUACGUCGUCGAUAACGCGCCACAACCCCCUGCGUGUUGCGCAGCGACGGUGCGCCACGCAGGCAGAGGCAAAGGCAUCUACAGAAACGGCACAGAAGGCCACGUCGGCUGCCGGCGGUGCGGCGGAGGCGAAGGCCGCGCCACACGCCAAUCCCGCCUCGCACAGGCCACAUCGCAAGGACUGGCGGACGCACAAGGACAUCGUGUACGUCAAGGGUGUACCGGCGAAGGGCAGUCUGUUCAAGCUGCCCCUGACGGAGCAGUUUAUCAUCUGCCUGGUCUUCUCAGUGGCCGGCACCGGGGCUGUGUACCUGGUUCGUCCGCAGAUUCGCUACCUCUGCCACCACGGGUUUCUCGGGCUCACAGAUGAGGCGGGGUGGAGGAACGGCCCGUGGCUCUACCGUGUUCUGUACUGCCUCAUCAUGUUCCCGUGCUACUCGAUGAUCUUGUUUGUCUGUGGUGGAUUUUUUGGCCGUCGCAUUUGGUUCUCGUUUAUGAUCCACAAGAUGUGGUCGCGCUUCCUGACCCGCAACGCCUCGAAGCGGCUGGCGUACAUGCUGGACAUUCAGCAUUAUUGA